CUGAAACAUGGCGUUACCCAUAGCGAAGUGCCAGGCAGUUCAAGCCUGUUUGUUAUUAAUAUCUUUAAUAUUUCAGUCCGUUCUUGCCGACAACCCUGCCGAAGACACGCCGCACCGGCGCUUCGAGUAUAAAUACAGUUUCAAAGGGCCGCACUUGAUACAGAGUGAUGGAAGAAUCCCAUUCUGGGUUCAUACUGGGAAUGCCAUUCCGAGUUCAGAUCAGAUUCGAAUCACCCCUUCUUUGCGGAGUCAGAAGGGUUCAGUAUGGACAAAAUCACCUGUAAGUUUUGAAAACUGGGAGGCUGAAGUGACAUUCCGUGUGUCCGGACGAGGACGGAUGGGAGCUGAUGGGCUGGCCAUAUGGUUCACGACUGCUCAAGGUUUUGAUGGCCCUGUGUACGGGGCCGCCGAUCGGUGGAACGGCGUGGGAAUAUUCUUCGACUCAUUUGAUAAUGAUGGAAAGAAAAAUAACCCCACUGUCCUGGUGGUGGGUAACAAUGGAAAACUUGUUUAUGAUCAUCAGAAUGAUGGGACAACCCAGUCUCUGGGUACAUGCCUUAGAGAUUUCAGGAACAAACCCUACCCUGUACGUGCCAAAAUCAUCUACUACAAGCAAACAUUAUCGGUUUUCAUUAAUAACGGCUUCACUCCUGAUAAAGACGACUAUGAGUUCUGCACUAAAGUUGAGAACAUGAUCAUUCCUGGUACUGGAUACUUUGGCAUCUCUGCAGCCACUGGUGGACUUGCAGAUGACCAUGAUGUGCUGUCAUUUUUGGUGUUCAGACUUACUGAGCCCGGGCAGAAUCUGCCUCCCCCUGAAAAAGAGAUUCCCAAAGAGGAGAAGGACAAGUACCAGGAGGAAUUUGAGAAUUUCCAACAAGAGCUGGACAAAAGGAAAGAGGAGUUUCAGAAAGAGCACCCUGACGUUCAGGGGCAGCCCAUUGAGGACCUGUAUGAGAGCGUGAACGACCAGGAGAUCCGUCAGGUGUUUGAGGGCCAGAAUCGGAUCCAUAUGGAAAUCAAGCAGUUGAAUCGCCAGGUGGCCAUGAUUCUGGACGAACAACGCCGUUACGUGUCUGUCAUCUCAGAAGAGAUCUCCAAACGCGCAUUGCAGGCACAGUCAGGACAGGCUCCCAGUCAUGAAAUGGAAACGAUUAUCAACACACAACAGGAAGUUCUGAGAAACCUUAAUGAAGUAAGGAAUUCAUUGGCAGGCUCGCUGAAGCAGUUAGCAGUGGGUCAACAGCAGGGUAACACAGGCGGCCUGGGAUCAUAUGAGACAAUCCAGCACUUCAAUGACAUCAAAGAGCAUUUACAUGUGGUCAAGAGGAACAUCGAACAUAUAAAUCAGAAAAAUGCGAAUCCUGCAGAAAAGAUGAAUUGUCCUGAACUUCCUCCAUUACCCAGCUGCCUCUCCACCACACACUUUGUGAUCUUCAUCGUCAUUCAGUCCCUCGUCUUCUUUGGCUAUGUUAUGUACAAGAGUCAACAGGAAGCAGCAGCUAAGAAGUUCUUUUGAUGAAACGGUGAUCUUGAUAGCACAACAUUUACAUGAGGAAUUGUCCAUUUUUGUUAAUUUUCAGUUUUUGUUUUUUUCUGUUUGCAAACUGUAAAUUAUUAUACUUGAAAACUAAACUAUUUAGUUUGAGGAUUUUUCUUUUCUUUUUAUUUCUUGAUUUUUAAUUUGAUCAGAUUUGUACAGAAUUUGAAUGGCUGCUCUUUUUCCAAGUUUGUAAGACAUUUUUGACUGAAGAUUACCAAAUAUGAUUUAAUAUAUUCCUUAUAUAGACAUUAUAUUUGCAUUUGAAUAUUGGCCCUAAGAAUCAUUUAAAGAACUCAAUCACUGUCCCCGGGCACGUUCUGAACUGUGGUAAAAAAUGCUGAAAUAGGUUAAAGCACAUUUACAACCUUUACAAAAAGGCUGAUUAUUUUUUUAGUUUUUUUCUUUCGUUCUUACAAAAGUGUUAGAGCCUAAUUGUAUUGGUGGAAACAAGCACCCCAAAUGUGAAUGUGCAUUGAAUCUUUAAAACAUGGAAAAAGUGUUUUUCUUCUCAAACAAUUUACAUAAAACACUAGGAUGACCAUUCCGUGUUUCUCAUUCUGUCAACUUGGAGCAAACCAAAAAAUUUUGUAAUGUUGGAAUGUUCACUUUGGGGGCUGUUCAGACCAAACACGUUCUUGUGUUAAAAAAGAAGAAAAAGCUAGAUGCAGUGCAAUGAGUGGAACAGUAUGCAGGUGUCUCAAGACAUGUUUUACAAAGUUUUAUAGUUCUUUUUAACUUUACACUGCAUUUUAGAAAUGCACCGCUCAUGCGUGAGAUGCUGAAAAAACAGCGAGGUGUGGCACAGCGAUCAUAGCACAUUUUGCAUAGAAAAGCAAUUAAUUUAAAAAGCAGCACAGAUGGGGGGCCUGGGUAGCUCAGUGGUAAAAUACGCUGCUUACCACACCUGGAGUUCGCUAGUUCGAAUCCCAGGGCAUUCUGAGUGACUCCAGCCAGGUCUCCUAAGCAACCAAAUUGGCCCGAUUGCUAGGGAGGGUAGAGUCACAUAGGGUAACCUCCUUGUGGUCGCUAUAAUGUGGUUCGUUCUUGGUGGGGCGCGUGGUGAGUUGAGCGUGGUUGCCACGGUGGAUGGCGUGAAGCCUCCACACGUGCUUUGUCUCCAUGGCAACGUGCUCAACAAGCCACGUGAUAAGAUGCGUGGGUUGACGGUCUCAGACGCGGAGGCAACUGGGAUUCGUCCUCCGCCACCCGGACUGAGGCGAAUCACUAUGCGACCACGAGGACUUAGAGCGCAUUGGGAAUUGGGCAUUCCAAAUUGGGAGAAAAAAAAAAAAAAAACAGCACAGAUGGAUGCAAGAAACAUGUGAACAGCCCUUUAGGAGUGCUUUUAACAUCAUGUAACAUGAUGAGUUUAAAUUUGUGUCUAUGGGUCAUUCUGUGCCACCAACUGUACCAUUUGUGCCAGAAAAUUGCAGGAUUUUUUAUUUAUUUUUUUAUAAGUUUUUCUUAAUUUCAAUGAUUACUGCUUAACUUUCCUAAAAUCGUAUUUUCUCACCUCUGGUCUAAAGUAACUGCCAUAGACAAUGGGAGACCACCAGAGACACAACCCCAUCACAAUACAUUUGGAAUUGGUAUAUUUUUUAUUUGAAUAGAUGAGUAAAUUCUAGGAUAACUCUGUGUCUGUGUGCCUUGUAUGAGAUUUAUUUUUAUUGAAUAUUAAUAAUAACCAAUGCAUUCCUCUUUCAAAACAUGCUUUGUGCCAACCCUGUUAAAUUUCAAAUGUGCAAAGAAUUCCUUAUAAUGGCCUUAUUAGACAUUUUCAAAUAUCAUUGCUCUGGCAACACAUUUCUACAGCUAGUUUUCUUGUGUUUUUAAUAUAAUGCACAUAAAAGGCACAUUAAAAUGUAAUAUUAAUGUAUGUUAAUUGAGCUGAUAUUCCAAUGAAAAAUAUUAAAAAAACAAAUUUUA